CAAUUGCGUGUGUCUCUUUUUAUUGUUGGUCAGCAUGUCACAGUCAAAUCAUUCGCUUAUUCAGUGUUAAUAAAACCAUUUACCAUGACGCAAGGAAGUGUCUCGUUCUCACAAAAUGCAGAUUUACCUGACUUUAGUCCUUAUUCUCAACUCCUUUCUAUAUCUCAGAUGUGAAAAUAAUUUCCGGGAAAAGCCGGAAUUUAGGAUCCUUUCGCCACAAUUUAUGUGCAAUUCAAAGGAUACCAAUAGCUCAAUUGAAUCUCCACCGGAAAAAAUUACAAUUCGCUUUCAGCCGAAGGAAGGCAAGAAACUCACAUACUUAGUGCGAGUUUAUUUUGAAUUCAUUGAAGGAUGGAAGAGUCAGAGGCAUACAAUUUCUCUCUGGCGAAGCAUUCGAAUGCUCGAAAAGAGGAUUCGGAAUACAAGUGAAGAGAUUUCAAUGAAUAAUCAGAUUCAUAUAGAUCAAAAGGAACUUACUCCCGGGGUGAUUUACACUUUCAAUAUCGGCGGAAAGGAUUCAGUUGGGGACAUGAGUGCUGAGAAAAAUGUUACUGUUAUAUAUCGAGCGGAUAAUGGUGCUAAAUCCAAAAGGGAUAUUUCACUGUUGCUCAUUGGAUCCGUCUACAUGUACGGUCAUUUGCCACUCCUCAUUCAGGCCAAUUUGAUUUUUUGUGAACCUACUAAUGACUAUGUGUUCAAAUGGGAUAUGCAAAACUUGGAGGAAGAACAUCGAAUAUGGCUAAAGACUCCUGGAAAAACUUUCUACUUGCCGCCAAAUCUUGUCAAACCUACUCAACAAGACAGGAUCGAUGUUCAAGUCCUUAAUACAAAUCGAACUGAAAUCUACACACAAGUAAAUACUAUCAAUCCAACUGAUCUAUUUUCUUCUAAAUAA